AAUCGGUGGGGGACAGGGGGGACACGUCCCCCUCACUUUUCAGCUUGGGGGGGACAGCAUAGGAAAUGUCCCCCCCACUUUUUUCAGACGAAACAAAUAUUUUCUAGUAUAUAUAGCGUAACUGAUCACCAUUUGGCAUUUCGCCUUGGAGUGCCGGCUCUUAUGUUCCUACACUAGACUGGUAGUAAAUAUACUAAUUAUUUUACAAUCUAUUUGUAGUAGUUUUUAUUUUAAACCUUGAAAAUAGUUGAAGAUAUCCCCAAAUAAAUCACAAAUAUUCAUUAAUAAAAUUAUUAAAAUAACUAUUUACCGAAAUACUUUAUUUCCUGAUAUUUCCUGCCAUGCGCAGCACCGCAGACCUCAGGAAACUACAAGAGAAUAGACUGAGCCAGCUUACUGUAUACGAGUAUGAAUGAACAUGUCGAGCUCAGAUUAAACAUCAAACACCACACUGUCUGACUUAGAACACUUCUCACACCAAUCGUAAUUGGCUUUAAAUAAACGUCUUGUCAUCAGUUGUCUCGCCAAUAGGAUACCGCCUUAUCCACUUGCAAUUGAGUGUUCUGUUGUUUCACGUUAUGCUCCGGCGAUUUUAAGCAACUCGAAGCCGAUGUUAAACUAUUAAUUAACAACAAUAACAAAAUUUUCGCAAACCAGAUUUGCUAAAACAUGAAAAUAAAAACACGCCCAUUUCAAAUUUACCAAACCUCGAAAAUGAAAAACCUCGAAAUGUUUCCGGUUAUACGGUAUCUAAAUAUGCGUUAUUGGUUAAGUAAAAAUAACUAUUAAAACUUAAUGGUUCUUUCUUUUAUACUGAAAUUGACUAAUUGGUUUCGAACUUCAUAUAAAUAACAGGUAUUGCUGAUUUACUCUUAGCAUUAUGUCACUAAGUGUGUAUGCUAUUUUGAAUAAUAAUAUAUAUGCUCUCUCUCUCUCUCUCUCUCUCUCUCUCUCUCUCUCUCUCUCUCUCUCUCUCUCUCUCCUUUCAUCAUCAAUAGAAAUAUCAAUCUAUAAACUUAGGUAGUGAUGUGUAAUUUGAAAUAAUUAUACCCAAGUGUUGGGGCAGAAAGUCUAUAAAAAUGUAACACCAGAAAUGUUCAGUACUGGCAUCUACUUUUUUAUAAUUUGAAAAACCCAAUAAAAGACAUUUGAAAUUAAUAAUAAAAUAAAACACGUAAAGGAAAGACGGAACGAAAGUUAUAUAAAUAAUGGUUACUAGCGAUAUUUGUUAAUUUAUAAUGUAAAUAAUAUUGUUUAAUUAUUAUUAUUUUUUUAUUUAUUCUGAAAAAAAUGCGUUUAUUUUAUUUUGAAACAAGGACAUCGGAUCAAACUACCAAUAGCGCAUGCGCGCUAGGUAGAUGAUGGUCACUAGUUUUAGUUGUUAUAGACCGGCCGUGGUUAUAUCGUCGGAAAAACAACUACUCCAGUCUCCAGGAAUCUAAUAACGAAUAUUUUGCAUACAGUGUAUUCGUCAAUUAUCAUUGUACCCAUAGGCUUAUAUCCGGUUAUUUUGACAUGCUAUUUGAUACAACAAUUCGAAUUUGAUGAAUUACACGCAGGUUAUUUGGCAAACUGCAUCGUCCAGGACGAAACGCUAACGGAGAUAGUAUACCGUAGAAAAACUACCAUGGACAUUAAAAAGUUCUUCACUGCCAUACCACGCCAUGCCCAGACUCUGUUGCGAGUAGGGACGACACCGGAUUCAAAUGUCGAAGUUGUUGGUGAAGAUGUUAAAGAAAAAACAGAGAAAAGAGUCACUUCUCAGACACGGUUGCCCAUCUUACCGCCAGUGCCGUACCAGCCACGGGACGUCAACUGCAUGCCGGUGCAACGGCUCGCUAAACGAACGCUAUGUUUUCAGCGCGCGUGGUUCGAUAGCUUUCCAUGGCUCCACUUUGACGCUAACGUUAGCGGAGUACUCUGCUUUACUUGUGCUAAAGCAGCAUGCAUGGACUUGGCCGGCAUGGCGCGGUGUUCAGAGGACACAUUUGUUUCCAAGGGAUUUUGCAACUGGAAGAAGGCAAUUGAGAAAUUCAAAAUCCACGAAAAGACAUCUGCACAUAUGAUUUCUCAUAGCAACCUGAAAUUCCGGUCUUCCAACAACGACGUUGACGCACAGUUAAGUACGCACCAUCUUGAAGAACAAACGAAGGCGCGCAACGCUCUGCUGAAGAUUGUGACGACCGUCCAGUAUCUAGCGCAGCAAGGACUGGCAAUACGCGGCAAAGAGUCAAGCGACGGUAACUUCAUGAAGUUGUUAGAGCUGCGGAGCAACGAUGACGUCGUGUUACAGAGAUGGUUGACACGCACAACUUCAUACACAAGCGUUGCCGUGCAAAACGAACUGUUAAAAAUCAUGGCACACAUGGUGCUGCGAAAUAUUUGCAAGAACGUGGGCCUUUUUGCAGUCAUUGUCGACGGAACCCAAGACAUCCAAGGCGUUGAACAGGAGGCAAUAUGCGUGCGAUAUAUAGACGACGCUUACGACGUUCACGAGGACUUUAUCGGUCUGUACAGCGUAUCUGAGACGACUGGUGCCAGCCUCAGCAGUAUGCUGCAAGACGCGUUGCUCAGACUCAACCUCCCAAUCACGCAUCUGAGAGCGAAAACGUAUGACGGAGCCAGCAAUAUGUCGGGCAAAUACCAAGGCUGCCAAGCACUGAUAAAGAAAGUACAACCACUGGCAAACUACACGCAUUGCGGUGCACACAUCACGCACCUCAUCUGUGCGAAGGCCAUCGAGAGUGCACCGUUCCUUCGCGAUGCUCUUAACGUGGUGCAGGAACUGGGCGGCUUCUACAACUCAUCAGGCAAAUUUAAAAAUUUGUACCUCGAUCUGCAAGUUAUGGAUGAUAGCCCCUCCCCUUCACGCCUGAAGCCGCUUUGUCCAACACGCUGGCUGUCACGUGGGAUUGCCGUUAGAGCCGUCCUUAGCAACUACGCACACGUGCUGGAGGCACUGAAUGAGGCAUCAUCUACAUUUGGCAGCAGCACAGCAGCGAGGGCUAACGGCAUUCACAGCCUCCUGUCUACCGCGAAAUGUGUACUUGGUCUGGUUGCAUCUCUCCCAGUGAUCGAAUGCCUCGAAAAAUUCAACACAGUGCUACAAGGGGCAGAGACAACUGUUGAUGGGAUGCUAGCUGCUGCAUCUGUUGUUAGCAAGAACCUUCUGUUAUAUCGGCGCGACAUAAACAUGGAGUUCCACGCGAUUUUUGAGACGGCAACUGAUAAAAUUCGAGAACUGAACAUUGAGCCAAUCUCCUUGCCGCGCACUCGGAAAAUUCCACGACGAUACAAUGACGGCGAAAAAUCCCACACGCACACCAGCUCAGAGGAGUUCUUCCGUGUGCAGUAUGUGGCGGCAGUUGACAGUGCUGUUGCUAACAUUGAUGCCUUCUUCACCUCUACGGACUUGACCUCAUACAAGCAGUUGUCCGACAUGCUCACCACCGGUGUCGUAGACGAAGACGUCGUUUCUCGCUACCCCGAACUGUCUGAAUCACUGCAGCAGGAGCUGACAUUCUUCUGCCGACAGUACGAGCACUCCAGCGUGGACAAUGUGCGCAUCACAUUUCGCAGUAUGGUACCAGAAGUUAGAAAGUUGUUUCCGCAAGUGUCAACCCUACUACGUCUCCUUCUGGUAUCGCCUGCAAGUUCGUGCUCUGCCGAGCGUUCAUUCAGCGCACUUCGCAGGGUGAAAACGUGGCUCCGGAGCACUAUGACCCAGCAGCGUCUCAACCACAUGAUGGUCUGUCAUGUGCACAGAAAUCGUCUUGCCGAGUGCACUGCACGAGAUAUCGCAAUUGAAUUUGUCGAUGGAUCGAGCGAUACACGGCGUAGUGUUUUUGGGAAAUUUUUGACCAUUAAAGACUUGUUGGAAUACCAUCAGUGGCACCAUUGUUUUUAUUCAUGUUCAUUAUUUGUACUUGAAUUAAGAAAUUUGACCAAUAAAGUUAUAUUGUAUCUAUAUACCAUUUGUUCAGUUUAGUCACAAUAAUUAAGGCGAAAAAUAUUUUGUCAGAAAGCAGCUCGGCUAGCCAGCAGAAAACACCUCAGAACAGCCCUAGAAGGGGUAAAUUUUCCAAAAUUUUCGGGGGGAGGGCCCCCAGACACCCCGCCACGGGCUUCGCGCCUGCGGCGCUCGCGGUGUCGGGCUUCGCCAGACACCUCGACCCCCCCCCUACAAAAAAAUAAAAAUAUAUGUAUAUGUAUCAGUCCCCCCCCACUUUUAAAACCGGAUCGACGCCUAUGGACCUAGUACGAAGCAACUGACAAGUGUUUGAAUAUACUAAUGGUUUUGUUGUUUCCAUUAAAAACAAGAUAAACGUGCAACACGUUUUAUGACAGACGAAUAGCAUAUUCAGAGAUGUGAAAAGUAAAUAAAGAUACCAAGUCUCA